GCUGGAGGUGCCAGAGCGGUUCGCUCACCUGUGGACGGCGGGGGUUUGUAGUUGUGUUGGCAGGAGGCUCUCGGUGUUUGUGGGAGUGGGAAAGGAAUGCAUGACAGCUGUUGAAUACCCCGGUGCAGACUGCGAGCGAGCGAGGGAGGGAGGGAGGACGGCCAAGGUUGGGAAGAGGAGAUCAUCGGGUGCCGAGUUGAGGACAGCGCUUUGCUUUGGGAGUGGGAGGUGCCCGAUAUGGCUGAUGGAGCGGCACCCAUUUGUCAUCUACGGCUGGAGUGGGUCUAUGGCUACCGGGGACACCAGUGCCGAAACAACCUCUACUAUACUGCUUCCAAGGAAAUCGUUUAUUUCGUUGCAGGUGUUGGGGUGGUUUAUAACACACGGGAGCAUAAACAAAAAUUCUUUCUGGGUCAUAACGAUGAUGUAAUCAGUUUAGCACUUCAUCCAGAACGAACUUUAGUCGCAACAGGGCAAGUGGGAAAGGAGCCGCAUAUAUGUGUAUGGGAUACCUACAAUGUACAGACAAUAUCCAUUUUGAAGGAUGUUCACACACAUGGAAUAGCCUGUUUAGCAUUUGAUCAUGAUGGGCAGCGUUUGGCAUCCAUUGGCCUGGAUUCCAAAAACACUAUUUGUGUCUGGGAUUGGAAGAAAGGAAGAGUUCUGGCAACUGCCCCAGGACACACAGAUAGGAUAUUUGAUAUUUCUUGGGAUUUGCACCAGCCAAACAAAAUGAUCAGCUGUGGUGUAAAACACAUCAAGUUUUGGAAUUUAUGUGGGAACACCUUAUCAGCAAAGCGGGGUGUAUUUGGCAAAACUGGAGAGUUCCAGACUAUUUUGUGCCUAGCCUGCGCACGAGAUGAGAUUACUUAUUCAGGAGCAUUAAACGGUGACAUUUAUGUCUGGAAAGGGAUUAAUCUUGUGCGAACUAUCCACAACGCUCAUGGAUCAGGAAUCUUCAGUAUGAAUGCCUGUGAGGAGGGAUUUGCUACAGGAGGUCGUGAUGGUUGUGUUCGCCUUUGGGAUUUAAGUUUCCAGCCUAUCACUUUAAUAGAUCUCAGGGAAACUGAUCAAGGAUACAGAGGUCUCUCGGUGAGGAGCGUAUGUUGGCAAGGAGAUCACAUUUUAGUUGGCACACAAGACAGUGAGAUCUUUGAAAUUGUAGUUCAUGAACGUAACAAGCCUUUCCUGAUUAUGCAAGGCCACUGUGAAGGAGAGCUCUGGGCCUUGGCAGCACAUCCAACAAAGCCAUUGGCAAUAACUGGGAGUGAUGAUCGAUCUGUUAGGAUAUGGAGUCUAAUUGAUCAUGCUCUGAUUGCUCGAUGCAAUAUGCAGGAACCAAUCCGUUGUGUUGCUGUGAGUUCCGAUGGCAUUCAUCUUGCUCUAGGUAUGAAGGAUGGCUCUUUCACUGUACUACGGAUCAGAGAUAUGACUGAAGUCGUUCACAUAAAAGAUAGGAAAGAAGCAAUUCAUGAGUUAAAAUAUUCUCCUGAUGGAGCAUAUUUGGCAGUGGGAUCAAAUGAUAACUCUAUUGAUAUCUAUGGAGUUCUGCAGCGAUAUAAAAAAGUUGGCGAGUGUGUUGGAUCUUUGAACUUCAUCACACACAUGGAUUGGUCAACUGAUAGUAAAUACUUACAAACCAAUGAUGGUUCUGGAAAAAGACUGUUUUACAGCAUGCCAUAUGGUAAAGAAAUUACCAAUAAAGAAGAAAUAAAGAACGUUCAAUGGGCAACUUGGACAUGUGUAUUGGGUCCAGAGGUGAAUGGUAUAUGGCCAAAAUAUUUAGAUGUUAAUGAUAUCAAUUCAGUGGAUGCAAAUUUCAAUGAUCAAGUUCUAGUUACUGCAGAUGACUAUGGAUUAGUAAAGCUUUUUCGAUAUCCUAGUUUUAAAAAAGGAGCAAAAUUUAAGAAAUACAUGGGUCAUUCAGCACAUGUGACCAAUGUGCGUUGGUCUUAUGAUUAUCAAUGGGUUAUUUCUAUUGGUGGAGCAGAUCAUUCAGUUUUCCAGUGGCAAUUUAUACCUGAAAGAAAGUCAAAAGAAUUUCUUCAAAUUGUAAUUCAAGAAAGUUUUGCCGACUCCAAUAGUGACCUCUCUGAUUCGGAUCAGUCUGAUGUGCCAGAACUUGAUUCUGAAAUUGAGCAAGAGAUACAGAUUAGUUAUCAUCGGCAGAUUUACAAAGAAGACCUACCUCAGCUUAAAGAGAAAUGUAAAGAAAAACGUCAAGAAGCAACGGCAAAGAAACGUGACAAAGCUCCCGACAGCAGUCUGCGCUUACAUUUUGUUCACGGUUACAGGGGCUAUGACUGCAGGAAUAAUCUAUUUUACACUCAAAAUGGAGAAAUUGUAUACCACGUUGCAGCUGUUGGAAUAGUGUACAAUCGUCAGCAGAAUAUGCAACGAUUCUACCUUGGCCAUGAUGAUGACAUUGUCUGUCUUGCAAUUCACCCUUUAAAGGAUUAUAUAUCAACAGGCCAGGUGAGCCGUGAUUCUGCAAUUCAUAUCUGGGAUGUGGAGGUAUUGAAACCACUGUCAAUUUUAAGGGGACAUCACCAGUUUGGGGUUUGUGCAGUUGAUUUUUCAGCGGAUGGAAAACGUCUGGCAUCAGUAGGGCUGGAUGAAAAUCACACAAUAGUUCUCUGGGAUUGGAAGAAGGGAGAAAAACUUUCUUCAGUAAGAGGAAGUGCAGAGAAGAUUUUUGUUGUCAAGUUGAAUCCCUAUAUACCAGACAAGUUGGUAACAGCUGGAAUAAAACACAUCAAGUUCUGGCAGCGAGCAGGAGGCGGACUGACAGGAAGAAAAGGCUGUUUUGGAAGUCUACAGAAGACUGAAACCAUAAUGUGUGUGGUAUAUGGUUGGACAGAUGAAAUGGUUUUCUCGGGUACUUCUGCUGGUGAUGUCUGUAUAUGGAAAGACAUGUUCAUUGUUAAACGAGUAAAAGCCCAUGAUGGACCAGUAUUCAGCAUGCAAGCACUGGAAAAAGGCUUUGUCACUGGUGGAAAAGAUGGUGUCGUCGUGCUCUGGGAUGAUACUUUUGACAGAUAUCUGAAAACGUACUGUGUCAAACGUUCUGCACUCGCCUCUGGCUCUAAAGGUCUGUUAAUAGAAGACAACCCUUCAAUUCGUGCUGUAACCUUAGGCCAUGGCCAUGUUCUCGUGGGUACAAAGAAUGGAGAAAUAUUAGAAAUCGAGAAAAGUGGUCCCAUAACAUUAUUAGUUCAGGGUCACAUGGAGGGUGAAGUAUGGGGAUUGGCUGUUCAUCCCCAUUUACCUCUUUGUGCUACUGUUAGUGACGAUAAAACUCUGAGAAUUUGGGAUCUCUCCCCUAGCCACUGUAUGCUGGCUGUGCGUAAACUAAGAAAAGGUGGCCGGUGUUGUUGCUUCUCUCCCGACGGGAAAUCUCUCGCUGUUGGCCUGAACGAUGGAAGUUUUCUGAUUGUGAAUCCAGACACUCUUGAAGAUCUUGUUUCAUUCCACCACAGAAAAGAGCACAUUUCUGAUAUUAGAUUUUCACCAGGUCAUGGGAAGUACUUAGCUGUAGCAUCUCAUGAUAACUUUGUAGACAUCUACAAUAUAAUGAAUAGCAAACGAGUUGGAAUUUGCAGAAGAGCUUCCAGCUAUAUAACACAUUUGGACUGGGAUAGAAGAGGUAAACUUUUACAAGUCAAUACUGGUGCUAAAGAACAGCUGUUCUUUGAAGCUCCCCGUGGGAAACCCCAGAUAAUAAAUAAGGCAGAGGUUGAGAAAAUUGAUUGGGCAUCUUGGACUUGUGUCUUGGGUCCUUCAUGUGAAGGUAUCUGGCCUAUGGUUAGCGAUGUCACUGAUGUAACCACAUCCUGUCUUACUGGUAACAAAAAAGUGCUUGUCACAGGGGAUGACUUCGGAUUUGUGAAGUUGUUCCGAUACCCAGUGAAGGCAAAAUAUGGAAAGUUCAAAAGAUACAUUGCUCAUAGCACACACGUAACGAAUGUUCGCUGGGCACAUAAUGACAGUUUGCUCAUUACGAUUGGUGGAGCAGAUACAUCAGUGAUGAUCUGGACACAUGAAGUGGAUGGUCACAAACAGAGCAGACAGUAUGAAAGUGAGGAGUCUGAUUUUGAUUCUGAUGAAGAUGGAGGUUAUGACAGUGAUGUUGCCCGGGAAAAUGAUAUCAAUUACACCAUUAGGGCCUUUGCAACAAAUCUCCGGCCGAUGUCUGGAAUCAAGCCUCAUCUACAACAGAAGGAGCCUUCCCUAGAAGAAAGUUUGAUGACAUCAUUUAAUAAUAUAUUACAUUUAUUUUUGGCUGCGGCUGUCCUGUCAAGGGGUUCGAGACCACCUGUUAGUAGGGCUCUGCCUCAGCCUGAGAAACUACAAACCAAUAAUCUUGGGAAGAAAAAGAAACCUAUUGAGGACCUCACACUGGUUUUGGCAUUUGGAUAUCGUGGUAAUGAUUGCAGAAACAAUGUACAUUAUUUAAAUGAUGGUAUCGAUAUCAUUUAUCACACAGCAUCGGUUGGAAUUGUCCACAACAUUGCCACAGGUAUUCAGUCUUUUUAUCUUGAACAUACAGAUGACAUCCUGUGUCUAACAGUUAACCAGCAUCCCAAAUUUCAGAGGAUAAUUGCAACAGGACAAGUAGGUGAUUCUGCUGACAAAGCAGGUACUUCCCCACUGAUUCAUGUCUGGGAUGCCACAACCAAGCAAACUUUCUCAGUGCUGCGCUGUUGCCAUUCAAAAGGAGUUUGCUGUGUCAGUUUCAGUGCCACAGGCAAACUCCUCCUCUCAGUUGGAUUAGAUUCUCAAUAUACCAUCACCGUCUGGAGAUGGCAAGAAGGUACCAAAGUUGCCAGUAGAAGUGGUCACACCAAGAGAAUUUUUGUUGCAGAAUUUAGGCCGGAUUCAGACAGCCAGUUUGUGUCAGUGGGUGUGAAACAUGUUCGGUUUUGGACGAUUGCUGGUAAAGCCUUGCUGAGCAAAAAAGGCAACUUAAAUUCAGUUGAAGAUGCCAGGUUACAAACAAUGCUUGCUGUAGCUUUUGGAGCUAAUAAUUUGACGUUUACAGGUACCAUCAGCGGAGAUGUUUAUGUUUGGAGGGAACAUCUUUUAAUCCGAAUUGUAGCCAAAGCGCAUAAUGGACCUGUAUUUACAAUGUAUACAACAUUACGAGAUGGCCUGAUAGUAACUGGAGGCAAAGAAAGACCCUCCAAGGAAGGCGGAGCGGUGAAACUGUGGGAUCAAGAACUGAGGCGAUGCCGUGCUUUCAGACUGGAAACUGGCCAGACAAUGGACAUUGUGCGUUCAGUCUGCAGAUGCAAGGGAAAAAUUCUGGUUGGAACGAGAAAUGCAGAGAUCAUCGAGGUUGGUGAGAAGAACGCAGUAUGCAACAUUUUAAUUAACAAUCACAUGGAUGGACCAAUCUGGGGUCUUUCGACUCAUCCUAUUAAAGAUAUCUUUCUGUCUGCAGCAGAAGAUGGGACUGUUAGAUUAUGGGACAUUACUGAAAAGAAGAUGCUGAAUAAAGUAAACUUGGGUCAUCCUGCUCAAACAGUUGCCUACAGUCCAGAAGGAGAAAUGGUAGCAAUUGGUAUGAAAAAUGGCGAGUUCAUCAUUCUUGUGGUAACAUCACUAACAAUCUGGGGCAAGAAACGAGACAGAAGAUCUGCCAUUCAAGAUAUCAAGUUCAGCCCAAGCUCUCAAUAUUUGGCUGUGGGAACAUGUGAAAAUGUCAUAGACUUUUAUGACCUAAGAUUAGGACCUGCAUUAAAUCGAAUCAGCUAUUGUAAAGAUAUUGGCAGCUUUGUUAUCCAAAUAGACUUCUCAGCGGACAGCAAUUAUAUCCAGGUUUCUACUGGAUCUUAUAAACGACUGGUGUAUGAGGUGCCUUCAGGAAAACAAGUUAAAGAACAAUCUCGGAUUGACAAAAUAACUUGGGCUACUUGGACCAGUAUCCUAGGUGACGAAGUCAUUGGAAUUUGGUCUCGAAAUCUUGAUAAAGCUGAUGUGAAUUGUGCCUGUGUCUCUCACUCGGGACUCAACAUUGUAACAGGAGAUGAUUUUGGAAUGGUGAAACUCUUUGACUUUCCCUGCACAGAGAAAUUUGCAAAACACAAGAAGUAUCUGGGUCACUCUACUCAGAUCACCAACAUAAAGUUUACAAGUGGAGAUCGAUAUGUUGUCAGUGCAGGAGGACAGGAUUGUAGUGUGUUUGUCUGGAAGUGUCUAUGAAAAUAAUGAUUAAUCAAAAGAACACGACACGGAGCCUGGAUCAUAAGCAGAAUUGAGAAAGUUCAGUUCAAUGGAAAGAAAUAUUUGAAGAACUCUAGGCUUUAUUAAAAAGGCAGCUAAUACUUUCUGCAAGCUUAAACUAGGAAGGCAAUUUGGUAAAUGAUUUUAAGCUAUUUUUGUUUUAAGGCAUUUUAUCAGAUUUUCUACUGCACAGUGUUCAAAUCACAUCUUGAACUUUAGGCAUAGCUUGUAUUCUAACUUUAAUGCUGACUUACAAAUUACUUUGACCAUUUUACAUCUAUGGUCCUGUUGUCAAGGACAGAAUUUCUAAACAAUCAUGUGGCAAUGCCAUGAAAAUGGUUAAUUGAGUUCUAUCAAUACACGAAGUUAAUAUUGUAAGUGCACUGCUAAAUGUAACACAAACUCAAUAUCUCAAAUCUUGUGCUGUAGCUGAUUUGGUAAGCAGCCUUAGGACAUUUAUAGUAAACUUAUGCUUUCAAACUUUUUUUCCAGUGCUGUUGUGGGCUUCAUCUUGAAUGUACCAGUUGAAUAACCUUUCAAAUGGGGGGGAGAAAAAGCUGAAGCAAGCAUGCCAAAACAUACUAUGCACUAUUGUACCAAUCACUGUGGCUACCUGAACAAUACUUUUGGUUCAGUGUAAUAUGUUUAAUUUUUAACUUGUAUCUUUUAGAUUUUUCAGGUGUCAAAUUUGUGAUUCUGCAGAUUAUAAUUUUUGCAUUGAUAUAAAUAUAUAUAUAUAAAUAAAAUGUAGCUUUUUGACAUAUAGUAAAUGUGUAAUACUUUGACUUACAACCUGGGUUGAUAUACACUGUACUUAUGUUUUUCAAAUUAAUAGAAUCACAAAAUACUGAAUUUUUUUACUUGAGUCAGUUUGCGAAUGAUAACUUAAUGUAAAAUUCCCCAUAAGUAAAACUAAAUACAUGUAGUUAACUCCAAAUAGUUUAUUUGGUGAUGAUUGAAGUCUGUACAAAAGGAUUUUCAAGUGAAUUGUCAAGAUAGAAAUUUUACUGAAAUGAAUAGUCUUUGUUCCAGUGCUUACGCUGGAGCUAACCACAAUUUAUUACAAAAUACGCAUUAUAACUUACCAAUCCACCAAGCUGCAUUAUUGUAACUUUAAUACUUUGCACUGUAUAGUCUGUAAACAGCAAUAUUUCUCAUGUUUUGUUAUAGCUCUUCUACUCCUAAUGUUUCUGAUAACUUCAUUUACUUAAAAUCUAAAGAAACUACUAUUUAUGAUUUUGUUUUGGAAUUUAGAUUAAUGGAAUUCUGGUUAGGAGUAUUAGUUUUUACAAAAAAAAAACCUCUAUCACAUUUCUCAGCAUGAUUGUUGUGUUGCAAGGCUGAGAUGCAAAAAAAUCCUUUCCUAGAGAAUGUUUAUUAGCUGAUAUAAAUGGUCACAGAUCAUUUAUAUCUGAACUAUAAUAUAAUGUGACAAGUUUAAAAAUGCCUUCUCACAGAUAAUAUUAUUUUGAACCAUUCAAGGAGUUACUAACAAGCUGAAUAUAAUUUUUGGUCAAUAUACUGUUGGGUGACAAACUGAUUAAUGCAACUAAUAAUUCUCUCUAAUUUAUGUUGUUCACAGGAAGAUGAUUUUUAAACAAAUUGUACAAUCUCUGUUGAAAAUAAUCUA